UUCACACUGAACUCUUUCAAUCACUUCCUGUGCUGCACAUUCCCAUCACAACAACUCCAGCAGCAAUGAAACUUGUAUACUUUCACUUCUUCAAUUCAUGGAGACACUUCACAGGGAUAAAAAUUAACAUGGACUAAUAAUUACUCAUGGAGAGACGUUGAUAUUCCCGCUGCUGGCUGUCCAGUGGUUAUAAACACUGGACUUUUAUUGUAUGUUCUCUUUUUGGGCUAGCUAGUCAUGCUAGUUAGCCUUCGACUGAUAACAAGAUAAACACAAAUUCAAUCUAAAAUAUCUUCAUUUUUUCAUUGAUGUCGAUUAAAAUCAGGCUACAGCCGUCAGCUUCGCGAUGUGAGGGUCAUAUAAUCGUAUAUGACUGUUUCUGCAGUCCUGUCUGUGUAUUAUGUAUGAAGUUUAAUUUUAGCUCACGCUAACAGAAAUAAUACGAAUUUCAGUUGUUUGGCUUUUUGGAUAUGAUUUUUGGGAAUACACAUGAUAAAACGUGUUUAAUUCUGGGUUUAUGAGUGAAUUGAGGAACUCUUUGUUCUGGGGAGGAAGAGAAAAAUGAGGAAGAGGAAGACGAUGGUGAUGAAGAUCAGCUCAACAGGGAACUGCUGAUUAUUAACAGACACAUUCAGAAAAAUGCCCAGAAGAAAACAGUCCAACCCACAGCCUGUCAAAUUGGGAGCUGAAGAUGCUGCAGCAGUUGGCAAUCAGGAAAACCUCGUCCUGGAGAGUGACUUCCUCCUCGAACAGGAGCUGGGCUUUGGAGAAAAUGACUACAGGAUUGUUGGUUUUGAGCGGGACUCAGACUCCGUCACUGCUGACAUGGGAAUGCCGGUGUAUGGCUUCAGUGAUGAGGACUGCUCAGGCUACAACCGUCUCGGCAUGGAAAGUGACUUCGAGGACCCGCGAGACACAGAGAGCGAGCGGGAGGAGAUGGGCCCCGACGCCGCGUUCGCACCAUACCUCUCCUGCAGGCAGUGCGGCCAGCUGCUCGGCGACCCCCUGAGCGGGGCGCUGGAUCUCGCAGGUCUGUACUGCCUCCAGUGCGGAGCCGAGGGUGGAGAUGCUGACCGCCAGGACAGACCAUUAGAGGAAGCCCACCCGGCCGACAGCGUGCAAGGGAGGAUAAACCGAGGCAGAUCCACGUCCGAUGGAAGCGCUUGUAAAACAUACUCGUGCAAACUGUGCAGUUUCAGCUCACGUUACUCUAAUCACUUGAAGCGGCACAUGAAAACACACAACGGCGAGAAACCGUACCAGUGCCAGCACUGCUCAUAUGCCUCCGCCCAGCUGGUGAACCUGCAGAGGCACGUGCGCACACACACGGGCGAGAAGCCAUACAAAUGCGAGUUCUGCACAUUUGCAUGCAACUCUCUGGGUAACCUGAAGAGACACCAGCGCAUGCACACGCAGGAGAAAGACCUCAACUGCAGCGAGUGCGAUUUCCGUGCAAACAACAGCCACUCUUUAAAGAAACACAUGAUGAGCCACAAGGAGGACAAAUCUACAGCCUUAACGGAAGAGUCGGUGGUGUCUGACCUCACUCUCCACAUCAGCAAUGACUCUGACUUCCUCCAAAGCUAUGACACCCUACGAACGGACCGCCAUCCUCCCUCCCUGCUGCACACUGAGGGUUUGGCCAAAGAGUCGGACCCUCUGCCUGAGCUGCUAUUUCCCUUCACGUGCCGCGUGUGCGGCGUGGUACUGGAGGACGAGGAGGGCGCGACGGCGCAAAUCUGCAGCAAAUGCACAUUAGACAUGUUGUCCAAAAGCUCCCCCACUAGCCCGGAGAAAAGCGACAAGCUGUACUCAUGCACGUCAUGUCCAUUCGUCACACAGUACCCCAACCAUCUCGCCCGCCACAUGAAGACUCACAGCGGCGAGAAGCCCUACAAGUGCCCGCAGUGCAAUUACGCGUCCGCCCACUUCGACAACCUCAAGCGGCACCACCGCGUGCACACGGGCGAGAAGCCGUACAAAUGCCGCGUGUGCGACUACGCUUGCGGCAACUUGGCGAAUCUGAAGCGGCACGAGCGCAUCCACUCAGGUGCCAAGCCGUUCCAGUGCAGCGUGUGCAGUUACAGCUGCAACCAGAGCAUGAACCUGAAACGCCACAUGCUGCGGCACACCGGCGAGAAGCCCUUUAAGUGCCAGGAGUGCGGCUACACCACAGGCCACUGGGACAAUUACAAACGCCACCAAAAGAAGCACGGCCACUCCGCCGAAGGGUGGCUCAAGAUGCAGCUACCAGAGAAAGAGGAUGAGGAUGAGGAAGGAGAAAUGUAGUGAGAUCUCUCUAUUGAUGUCUAACUCCAGUUGCCUUAUUUUUAUCUGAGGAAUCCAUGCUGUAACAGUGCGUCACGACAUGGCCGGUUUGCUGUUUUUUUUUGUUUUGUUUUUGUUGUUUUUUUUUCACAUGGAAUUUGAUUGUAUUUUGUAUUUUGUCCAAGUGUUUACAGCAGCUGAUCACAGAAUCACAGGUUUGCUAUUUAAGGCUGUCAUCUCAAUCUCAAAGAGCACAUUUAUGCACCACUGGGUGAAUUUCACAAAAACACCAAAAUUAAAAGGACAUAAAAAAAUCAUAUUUUGGUAACACUUUACUAUAAGGCCUCAUUUGUUAACAUUAGUUAAUGCAUUAGUUAACAUGAACUAACUAUGAACAAUAUAUUUUUACAGCAUCUAUUAAAGGGAUAGUUCAACCGAAAAUAUAAAUUAUCCCAUCUUUUACUCACCCUCAAGCCAUCCUAGGUGUAUAUGACCUUCUUUCAAACAAACACAGUCAGAGAUAUAUUUAAAAAUACCCUGGCUCUUCCAAGCUUUAUAUUGAUAGAGAAUGGGGGGCGUGUUUUGAAGCCCCCCCAAAAAUGCAUCCAUCCAUCAGGGGGUUAAUAAAGGCUUUCUGAAGUGAAGCACUGGGUUUUUGUAAGAUAAAAAUAUAAAGUAUAUAAAGUACAAGUGCCCAAAAUAAAUGCACACUAUAUAUAUUAUAAUAUAUAUAUAUAUAUAUAUAUUAUAAAGUAUAAUAACUAGCUUCUGGCAGAUGGCCGUAUGCAUCGAUUUGCGGUAGACAAGUAACCUCUGACCCGCAUGACACAUUGACGAAUGUAGAAGCGCAGAGGGUAGAGCAAAACAAAACAGUAUGCGUUCCAUCGUCUGGCAGAAGCUAGUUAUUUUACUUCAAAGUUGAAAUAUGGAUAUAUAAAAACGCAUUGCUUCACUUCAGAAGGUUUUUAUGAACCCCCUGGAGCCAUAUGGAUUACUUUUAUGAUGGAUGGAUGCAUUUAUUUUGGGCUUCAGAACAUGUCCCCUGUUCACUACCGUUAUAAAUUUUGGAAGAGCCAGGAUAUUUUUAAAUAUAUCUCUGAUUGUGUUUGUCUAAAAGAAGAUAGUCAUAUACAUCUAGGAUGGCUUGAGGGUGAGUAAAUCAUGGGAUAAUUUUCAUUUUUGCGUGAACUAUCCCUUUAACUUUUGUUGAUGGUAGUUAAUAAAAAUACAGUUGUUCAUUGUUUGUUCACAGUGCAUUAAAUAAUGUUAACAGAUACCACUUUUGAUUUUAAUAAAUGUUGUGUUUAACAUUACCUAAGAUUAAUAAAUGCUGUAGAAGUAUUGUUUAUCUUCAGAUCAUGUUAACUGUAGUUAACUAGUGUCAACAAAUGAAACUUUAUUGUAAAGUGUUACCCAUAUUUUGCAUAAAGAAAUUGAGGCCUGUUUCUUUGGACCAUUAAAAAAUUUCUUGCAUUGCGAAAAUCUUUUAGACUAUUUUUUUUAAUGUACAUUUAUGACAUUUUUUAGAUUUUUUGUAAUGUAUUAUUUUUUGUAGUUACUGUUGCAGUAAAACACUUGAUAUUUAAAAAUAAUAAAUUAAUGUACAUUUCAAAGCGCAGCACAACAUAUACCACCGUGAUGUGCACCGUCUUUUUCACAUCACAGUGAUGAGAAAGAUUUUUUUUGUUUGUGUGCUGUCAUGAAAAUGUCAGACUGCAAAAAAUAAAUCCUACAAUCAGACCUCCGUUUCUUUUAUGCAAAAUAUAACUUAUUAUUUUUUCUUUUUAAUUUGGGAUAAAAUAUAUUCUUGAUGCACUUUGUGAGAUUCACUACAGAGCCCCUAAAGCGACAUGGGAGGACAUGUUUUGCGUUCCCCCAAGAAAAUUUGCUUUCAUUUGCAAAAUGUUUGGGUUCCUCUAAGAAACUUUGUGCAUAAGUUUUGUGAGAGAAUGCAAACGCAUUGAAAUAUAAUUUUUCCUCCCAUCUCAUUUUUUUUUUUUUUUUUCCCCCAUCACCAUGUCACUUUAGGGGCUCUGUAGAUUCACACCUCUGCUGUUAUGGAUUCUAGUGGAAUUGCUGAAUUAAAAAAUGAGUCACCUUGUUCCAAGCUGAUGCAGCAGCUGUAGUUGUGUUUUACUGUGUUUCAUGAGGGAUUUGAUGACACUGAAGAUGUCUGGCUGCUACUGUAUGUUCACUUAUGCACAAUGACAGUGAUGUUGCCUUGUCUUGGGGAGGUGCUGCACCUCCUUCCCUCAUUUACUGUAUAUGAAUUUCCUGGUGCCACUGCAAAAUGCUGCACUGAUCGGGGGUCUCGUCCGCCUCCAGCACACUCAUUGAUUUUCCAGGGCAUUAGAGGGACGCGUAUGAGUGAGUCUCACGAAAACUGUUCAGAAACGCUAGCUUCGUAUUUAACUCCAAAAUGAUAAUCAAGGGAAUGUUUUGCAUGAAGAAUACAAAGGUAUUCUUUUUGUUUUGUUUUGUUUUUUUUUUUGUUUUUUUUUUGCAUUGUGACAUUACUGUCCACCUCUACAAUUCUACAAUGUUCAUUACUAUAUUGUCAAAAAAAAAAGUAUAUAAAUUGUACAGUUAUUGUAAUUAUUGUGGUAGUAUAUUAUGUUCUAUCCCUUGUCUUGAAAUUGUCACAAUGCAAAAAAAGUAAUAAUGGUCCUAAAAUAGGCCUCAUUUUCUUUAUGCAGUUGUGUGUGUGUGUGUGUGUGUGUGUGUGUGUGUGUGUGUGUGUGUGUGUGUGUGUGUGUGUGUGUGUGUUGAAAAUGACCCAGAUAUGUUUUCAUUCACAAUUAUGUGUGUGUGCGUUUGUGUGUCUUUUGUUUGACUUUAAAAUAUUUCCUUCAGUUUUAUUUAGAUUAAAGUGUGAUGCCUACUGUGAGAUUUUCUCUUAAGAAAAGUAAUCAUGGAAACCUGUAAAGGUUUAUUUUCUCACACGGUCAGUGAGAAAGAUCCUGUUUUGCUUCAUUCUUUUAGUUGUGCAAACCAGUUCAUGAAGAAGAAGGUGGAGACCACACAUUAAUAAUCUCUUUUUUAAAACACAUGCAUUGAUUUGUGAACAGGUCACAUUCAAAACAAACAUUUAAACAUUUUGUACACAGUCAAUUUGAUACAUAUUUGAUAUUAAUUGGUCCUCCCUUUUGUCCGAUUUCGCUCUGUUACAGAACUGGCACAGUCACUCUGAAAUACACAGCAAGAGUUCAGUGCAAUCAGGGAAUUAAUGAAAUAGAUGCACAGCACUGAAUCCAAUGACAUUUGCUUUGCCAUAUAGUGUAAUAUGAUUAUUUAUGUACUGUAUUUUCGUGGGUUUCAUUAGCUUUCUGAUUUUUGUACACAAAUUGUUGAUCUGAAAAACUGUCAAGUGGCCUUUGGUUUCAUAAUAAAGAUGUUUUUAACCUUUUAUUAAAAUAGCUGAGUUAAGACAUGUGUAACAACAAACAGGACAAAAUUGAAGUUCUGAAGAAUAAAUAUUUAGUACAACACGUAA